AUGAUGGUGCAUUGUGCGGGCUGCGAGAGGCCGAUUUUGGACCGCUUCCUGCUGAAUGUCUUGGACAGGGCAUGGCACAUCAAAUGCGUCCAGUGCUGCGAGUGCAAAUGCAACCUGACCGAGAAAUGCUUCUCCAGGGAAGGAAAACUCUACUGCAAGAAUGACUUUUUCAGGAGGUUUGGCACCAAAUGCGCCGGCUGCUCCCAGGGCAUCUCCCCCAGCGACCUCGUCCGGAAAGCCCGGAACAAAGUGUUCCACCUGAACUGUUUCACCUGCAUGGUUUGCAACAAGCAGCUCUCCACGGGCGAGGAACUGUAUAUCAUAGACGAAAACAAAUUUGUUUGCAAAGAGGACUAUUUGAACUCUCCCAGUUUGAAGGAAGGCAGCCUCAACUCAGUGUCCUCAUGUACAGACAGGAGUUUGUCCCCGGAUCUCCAGGACCCCAUGCAGGACGACACCAAGGAGACGGACAACUCCACCUCCUCGGACAAGGAGACCACCAACAACGAGAACGAGGAGCAGAACUCGGGCACCAAGCGGCGAGGGCCCCGCACCACCAUUAAGGCCAAGCAGUUGGAGACCCUCAAAGCUGCUUUCGCAGCCACCCCCAAGCCCACCCGGCACAUCCGCGAGCAGCUGGCCCAGGAGACCGGCCUCAACAUGAGGGUCAUCCAGGUCUGGUUCCAGAACCGCCGAUCCAAGGAGCGCCGGAUGAAGCAGCUGAGCGCGCUGGGCGCCCGCCGGCACGCCUUCUUCCGCAGCCCGCGCAGGAUGCGGCCCCUGGGCGGCCGCCUCGACGAGUCCGAGAUGCUCGGCUCGACGCCCUACACGUACUACGGAGAUUACCAAGGUGACUACUACGGGCCGGGAGGCAACUAUGACUUUUUCCCCCACGGGCCCCCCUCCCAGGCCCAGUCCCCGGCCGACCCCAGCUACCUUCAGAACUCAGGACCCGGCUCCACGCCCCUGGGAUCCCUGGAGCCCCCCCUAAGCGGACACCACUCCUCAGAAAACCAAAGGUACACGGAUAUGAUCUCGCACCCCGACACCCCCAGCCCCGAGCCGGGGAUGACGGGCUCGCUGCACCCCAUCCCGGGGGAGGUCUUCAGCGGGGGGCCCAGUCCGCCCUUCUCCAUGUCCAGCAAUAGCGGCUACAGUGGGGCCCUCGCGCACCCCAACCCGGAGCUGAGUGAGACAGCGGUGUGGUAG